CGCAACUAUUGUGCGUUUGCCUUAAAAGUAAAGCACCAACCUUAUUUUGGGUUCUGUUUAUAUACAUAAAUAAAUAGCAAUAAUGUAUAUAUAUUGUAAAGAAAAAUAAUGUAAUUUAACAACAAACAUGACUCCUAAACGUAAAACCACAAGUUCUGAAUCAACUUCGUCGUCGAGUUCAAAUUCCUCGACGUCAAGUUCAUCGACAUCGGGCAGUGAAUCGAGUUCUUCUGAAUCGGAAAAUUCGAGUACAUCAGCUAAUAGUCAAAAGGCAUCUGAUUCGGAUAAAGUUAAAAAAAAAGUGCCAGUAAAUGCAGCAGCUCGUCAUGUCAAAACAAAAAGUGAGGGGGGCAAUACUUCUCUGCAAUCGUCAGAAAGUAAAGUCAAAGAAAAAGCGACUCAGAAAAUACGUCCUGUUGUUUAUUCUUCGGAGUCGGAGGAAUCGCCAAAUAAAACGAAAUCCGUGAAGAGAAAACCACCACCGGCGAAACCAAAAGCGACUGCUACAGUUGCUCCAGUAAUAAAGGCGCAGAGACCUGUCAACAAAACUGCACCUUUACUUCAACAAAAACAGUUGUCGAGUUCGAAGACAUUGAAUAAACAUAGCAAAUUUCCCGCGUCAGCAACUGGAAAAGCUACAGUAGAGAAGGCAUCUAAGACGGCGUCUGAGCCAAUACAGAAAAAAUUGAAAAAGAAGAGUAUAUUCAGUCCGGAAAAUAGUAGUGAAAGCGACACUGCAACCGUGAAUAGAUCCACUGUUUCUAAAGUGACUUCCCCUGUGAAAUCUCCGAAACCGCAAAGUGGAAAAACAAGACCCGGUGCUCCUAAGCCGAGGCCUCCAAUAAAUAAUAGAGCAAAUAUUUCUCGAAAGCCAUCUCUAAAAUCAGAUAGUUCCAUAAGUUCGAAAAGUUGCUCGGCAGGAUCAGGAUCCUCCGAGACAUCAGACAGUAGUUCUGAAUCUGAAUCAUCGGAAAGUGUUGCCAGUCCACCUCCAUCGAAGAAGAAGGAAAAUCAAUUAAAUAGCUCCUCCAGUUCAAAUCCUUCUCAAAAAAGGCCCUUAACCUCCGUUGCUGCUGUGAAACCUCAGAGGAAUACUAAACGUCAAGUAAAAAGCGAGGAUGACGUUGAUGCUUCGGAAACUGAUAAAGAUACUGAGGAACAUGGCGAACAAUCGCUUUCGAAAAACUCUAUCAAAGGAAAACGUAAAUUGCAAGCUCGAAAAGAAAGUAAACAAUUUCAGAUGCGAUCUAAAAUUGGUAGCGAUUCGGAAUCGGACGUAGCUGAAAAUAAAAGAAGCUGCAGUACAAAAUCUCCAGUGAAAAGAUCGGCAUCGAAUAUUGGAACAAAACACAAUACCAGUAAAUCUGCUCAAAAUAGUGGAAGUGGAAGUGGAAAUAACUCGAGCAUUAAAAGCAAUCAGAGUAAUUCUUCUAGAAUUAAUUCAAAAGAAAGGGAAUGCCCGCUGUCUACCACCUGUGAAUCUCAUGGUCAUUUGUCGGGAAAAUUUGAUACUCACUUCACCUUGGAAGCUUGUCCUCUGUAUCACAAUACAACUCUGGAAGCUUGUGUAGAGUUUUACAAGGAAAGAAAAAAGCGAGAAGAUGAUCGAAAAAAAGCCAUAUCAAAUUCAGCAAAAAAGUCACCAAAGGGAGUGCAUCAAACAAAUGAGCAACGCAACUAUCAAUUGAAGGUAAAGGAUUUAAGAGGUAAAUGGAAAGGACCUUCCGCAGAUACGAACGAGAGCGAUAGUGGAGGUGAAAAUGUUGGAAUCGAAAAAGACAGACAACCACGUCUUAUGAAUCUCACCUCCGAAUACGAUCUCAAAUUAUUUAUGGAAGCUCAAGCGAUUGCCAGUGAAAAAAUUGAAAAGGAGUUGAAAGAAUUAGAUUAUGAUGGAGACAGUAAGAACGUGGGUGGAACACGUCUCGUUGAAAUGGGAAAAUGGGAGAUGGAAGUCUGGUACCAAAGUCCCUAUCCAGAAGAAUAUAGUCGUGCUCCAAAGCUUUAUCUUUGCGAAUUCUGUUUGAGGUACGCAAAAAGCCGGCAGGUUUUAAGGAGACAUCGCGAAAAGUGCCUCUGGCGACAUCCUCCAGGCCACGAAGUUUACAGAAAAGAGAAGAUUGGUGUCUGGGAAGUAGAUGGAAAGCGCUACAAGCAAUAUUGUCAAAAUCUUUGUUUACUAGCAAAAUUUUUCUUGGAUCAUAAGACUCUUUACUAUGAUGUUGAACCUUUUCUCUUCUACGUUAUGACAAUUGGCGAUUCAGAGGGAUGUCACACUGUCGGUUACUUCAGCAAGGAAAAGAAUUCUUUUCUAAAUUACAAUGUUUCUUGUAUACUGACAUUACCACCAUAUCAACGUCAAGGAUAUGGUCGACUGCUAAUCGAUUUCAGCUACUUACUAACGAGAGUAGAGAAAAAAAUCGGUUCUCCAGAAAAGCCACUGUCUGACUUGGGCCUAAUUUCUUAUCGAAGCUACUGGAAAGAUGUGUUACUGCAAUAUCUCUGUAAUUUCGGUGGAAAAGAACUUUCCGUGAAAGAUAUCAGUAAAGAGAUGGCGAUUGAUUCUUAUGAUAUAGUUAGUACCCUUCAGGCCUUAGGAAUGAUGAAAUAUUGGAAAGGAAAACAUAUUAUUUUGAAAAAACAGGAUGUAAUCGAUGAUUACAAAGAAAGAGUGAAGCGUCGUGGACCCGUAUACAAAGAAAUCGAUCCCGAGUGUCUUAAAUGGAACCCUUUUCAGACUCCCAAGACGCCUUCAGCCUCAAACUAAUGUCUGCGAACUUGCUCUCUUUCUAUAUACCUUUUUGUCAUCAAAAACAUGAAUUCAUAAUCGAGAUCAGCAUUAAUAUUUUAUUUCGUCUUCAAUUUCUUUCGUCUGGUGGGUUUUAAUUUAUUUUUAAAAAUUACCGACAUUCUUUACCAAUAAUAUAUAAUUAUUAUAACUUUGUACAUUUCCACAAUCAUAACAGAGUUAGGGAUGAAAAUGCUCAGAUGAAUCUGUGCAAAUAGUAAUUUAUUUAAAAUAUGUGAUGCUUGAAGGUGAAAGGAACCUUACGUGACUGUAACAUUAGGUUUAGUGUUUCAUGCGCGCAGUGUACGAAAAUUGUGGCUAAUGUUUUUGUCGCGAAAGGUCCCUAUCACCGUGAAGCGUAACAUGAGAAAAAAUUAGUAAGGUCACAUUAAGGGGUCGUGUACAAAUUACGUAAGGUUUAUUUUCGGAAAUUUAAACCCCUCUUUCCUAUUUAUAAGAGACUUUGUAUACAUUAGCGAAAUUUUUUCUAAUGGUCGUUAAGGAAUUGGUGACCCCCUCCCCCCCUCUUCAUCUUAAAGCCUUAUGUAAUUUGUACACGGUUCCUAAUUUCUAAUUUUUAAAAUUAUUUAAAAUUAUUUAAUGCCUUUUAAAUAAUUUUAAAAGAUUGAAAACUUAAUGUAUGUGGCGCGCUCCCAAAAAAAGUACCUAAGAAGGAAACGAAUUUUAGGUUAUGUUUGUGUUAGAUUUAUCUUGAUUAGAAGUUCCUUUUUAAUUAUUUUUAAGGGCAUUUGAACCAUUCUGGCGUUACAGCUUUUUAGAGCACUUUCUGUUCACUUUCUUUCAAAUCAGUAUAAAGAUUUUUAAUAGUUCUAGAAAGCACUAUUAUAAACAUAACCUAAAAUUUUUUGCUUCUCAGCUACCAAUCUUCGGGGUGCGUCACAUAUUCCUUCUGUGUACAUAAAAUUAGUUAAUUACGUAUUUACCUGUUCAUAACAUAAACAUGUAUAUAAAUACUCGAAUGUAUCAAAAGUAUUCUUUUCUUUCAUAAUUGUAAGGUAAAUUCAUAAUAGACAAAUUAAAAGAGUUUUUCACGGUCAUAUUGUUAUAGCUUUUCUGUAAGAAAGCUAUAAAAACAUGAACAAUUAUUUAAAUAUUGAAUAUUUUAUUAUGGCCUUUUUAAUUUUAAAAAUUUUUUUAAUUUGUAUUUUAAUAUUUUAAAAUACUUCAGUAUUUUAUGUUGAAAAUCAUUAUAGUUAAGAAAGAAUUAUGAAAUGAUGACAUUGGACUAACUUUUGUUUUGAAUGUACAUCAAAUUCUUUCUUAAGCAUUGUUUGAAAAAUAAAUUGUCUAUUGUGAAAUUAACCAAGAAGACAUUUUUAUAAAAAUAUCUAGGUAUAUAGAUGAAAUGAAUUUUUAAAUAGCAUAACUUUCAUUUCAUCUAUAAUAAUAAUAAUUUUUAAAUCCGAAUUUUUAUUAUUAUUUGUGUAGUAAAAUAUUAUCACAUGUGCGAUUCCAGAUUAUUACAUUUUUUUUACUUGAAAAUUGGUAAUAUUACAUUUAAUCGUAUAAAUUUUCUAAAAAAAAAUCGUCUUUUUCGGCCAAAACAAUUGUUUUUAUACAGCAAUAAUUGCUAAAAAUUGUUUAAUUGCUCAUGUCUUUUAAAUAAACGAGUUUUGGUUUUUUACAUUCAACUCGAGACACUUCAAGUAAGUAAUAAUUAUGUUCACAAUAUUUUUGUGUUUUUAUUGUAUUUAUAAAUAUUAAUAUAAAAAUAAAUGUAAUAUUGUAUUUGUUAAUUAACAAAGUUAUUUAAACAAAAUAAGCUUAUUUUCAGUCUGGUUGAUGAAAUUAAAUGACUUGAAGUUUAAAGUACUUCUAUGCUCAGUGCUGCCAACUUGUAUUGUGAACAAUUUUGAUGGAAACGAAACUACAAUUCUUCGAAUCAUGUUGGUAGCACUGACGACAUACUGAGAAGCGGCGCGCGCAGCUACAUCUGAUUAUUUAGUUACAAAACAGCGGUCUAAACCAUAAGAAUUAUUUAAAUAUAUUAUGAGUGAGUUUAUUGUUGUGAUUGUAUUUUAUUUCAUUCAAGAGUAUUUUAAUGAUUAAAGAGUAUUUUAUUUCUUAAAGAGUGAAUAUUUUAAGUAAUUUAAUUUCAUCCACCAGGUAUUUAACUUAUUUUAUUUAAAUAACUUUGCUAAUUAACAGAAUAUUGUAAACAUGUUUAUUACUUACUUGAAGUGCCUCGAGUUGAAUUCAAAAGCAAAACUCGUUUAUCUUUAAUCGUUUAAAGGCAUUUGACCCAUUAUGACGUCACGGUUUUAGAACACAUGCUUUGUACAAACUGUGACGUCAUGAUGGCUGAAAUUCCCUUAAGCAAUUUUGAGCAAUUGUAUAUCUUAUAAAUAAACAAUUUUUUUUGUGAGAAAAAGUUACCAAUUUUCAAGUAAAAUUCGGUGAUGAUCUUCAAAAAAAAUUUAAUCUGCUACUAUCGCACAUGUACAUUUUGUGAAGAUUGUGAUUAGCCUAUUGAGGACAAUUAUUAUUUAGGUAUUUGCAAUUUGUUGAAUCAAAAUACUGUCAAUUAUAUAGUAUUUAAGUACAUAGAAAGUAGAUAAAAAAAAUUUGUACCAUGUAUUUGUCUCUUAUAGUUUUAAUCUUUAGAGGGCCGGUAAAUUUGGACAGAUUUUAGUUGUUUUUUUAUUAAGAAAAAUUUAUAAAUAAGAAGUCAAUUCGAUAAAGAAUUCGUUAAAAUAAAUGCUGGGCACUAUAGUGGCCAACACUGGCCCUCUAAAGGUUAAUGUACAAAACUUACAUGUUCAGCUAUUCUUUUCUCGUGCUGUUCAAGUUUUUAGAUGAUCAUCAUUUUCGAAAGCAUAUUAUAGUAUAAUAUGUAAAUGUAAUGUAAUAUAUCGCAAGUUGAUUAUGUUUGUAUGUAUAUUUAUAUAUUUAUAAAAGUAUUUUAAGCUAACAUCUCACCGGAUCUCUAUAAAAAAUGGCACAUCAUAUGCCACUAUCAUGUUUAUUAAGUUUUUGUAUAAUCAAACAGUUCCUGUAAGUACAGAUAUAUAAUAAAAUAUCUUUUCCAAAUUCAAA